UGCAUGACUCAUGCAACAAAAGUUAAAGAUUCAUUCACCCCCACCCCCAGGGCCAGAGCCCCACCCACCUAUUACUAUUUUCCAUCCCGUUAUAUAUGUAACAUAAUAUAAUGCUCACACAACCACAAGAAUCACCAAUUAAGCAUCCAUCCAUCUCCUCAUACGCAGGCUCAUCGAUUGUUCUUCUUAUUCUAAUUAACUUACAAUUAAUCCUAGCUAGAUACUUACUCAUCAUCAUCAAAUAUGAAGGCCUCACUUCAAGGACAAGUUAUAGGAAUUCCAAUCAACUCCGCAGCCGCGUACUCGUUUAAGAGUGCAGAUCAUCGUGCUGCUAUCCAAUAUCAUCAUAAUAUUCCAGCAACGGCUCCUAGUGAUGCUACUGAACCUUCAAAGCUCAUCAGACAAAGCAGACUGCAUUCAGUGCUUAACAGGAUGAACAAGCUUACCAACAAGGCUGAAAGUUUUGCCCAUGGAGUCAAAGAACAUGUGAGACUAGGGCCCAAGAUCACAGAGACAGUGAAGGGGAAGCUGAGGCUUGGGGCUAAGAUUGUAAAAGCAGGAGGGACGUUAGAGGUGUUCAAGCACGCAUUCAGCGUUAACGCAGGAGAGAAGCUGCUCAAGGCAUCCCAGUGUUAUCUGUCGACCACAGCGGGUCCUAUGGCAGGCCUCCUCUUCAUGUCGACGGACAAGAUUGCGUUUUGCAGCGAGAGAUCGAUCAAACUUCCAUCGUCAGAUUCAGACGGACAACAGUUGGUCAGCAGAGUCCACUACAAGGUGGUGAUCCCAGUGAAGAAGAUCAAGGCGGUCAACCAGAGCGAGAACAGGAAGAAGCCGUCGCAAAAGUACGUAGAAAUAGUUACUGCGGAUGAUUUUGACUUCUGGUUUAUGGGGAUCUUGAAUUACCAGAAAACUUUGAAAUAUCUCCAGCAGGCUAUUAAUAUUCCAUCUCAAGCUUAACUAAUCACGUACACGUUAUCAAGUUGUAAUUAGUUAGGCAAAUUAAGAUAGGAGAGGAGGAGGAGGAGGAGCUCAAUAUCGUUAAUUAACCAUGUAUAAAUUUUGUUCUCUUUCUUUCUUUCUGAUUAAUGAGAAAAUUCUCUUUUCUUUGAAAA